AUGCCAACAAGACAGUCACUUCUGUUAGUGUCUUGUAUCCUCCUACUGACAUGGCUUCUCGCUGCAGUCUUUAACGUCAAAGGUGAUCACAUAAGACACCCCAGCCGACACAGUCCCAUUUCACUUGCUAAAGCUCCGGCUCAGGUUACACUCAAUGCGAUAUACUCAAAGCCGACGAUACAAGCCGAUGAAGCAUCUAAUGAAGGUCGACCUUUGAUACUCUAUGCCUACGCCGAGUCCGAGGCUGCCCGCGCCAACUUGGAAUACUUCGUUGUCAUGGGCCUACAUAGUGCUGCAGACUUCGUCUUCAUCUUCAACGGAGAGACCAACGCCGAUUCACUUAUCCCAGACGCGCCUAACAUCCGCGUCGUACACCGAAAUAAUACAUGCUUUGAUCUAGGUGCCUAUGGUGAAGUUUUGAGAGCAGAUGGUUUAUGGACACAGUAUCGUCGCUUCAUUACCAUGAAUGCAAGUAUUCGUGGACCAUUCCUCCCAUACUGGGCUCAAGGCAAGAGUGCCUGUUGGUCAGACCUCUACCUAGAGAAGGUCAACGAAAAGGUUAAGCUGGUAGGCAUGUCAGCAAACUGCACCCCGCGCUUCCACGUUCAGAGCAUGAUUUUUGCGACGGAUUCGGUGGGGAUGGAGCUUCUCCUAUACCCCCGACCUAACAGCUCAUCACCUGCUGAUGGCUUUGGAGAGGGCGGGGCGCCAGUGGCCUUCCACUCGUGCUAUGACGGGUGGCUCCCAGCCGUCCACGCCGAGGUUGGAACGGCAGAAAUGAUCAUCGAAGCUGGGUAUGAUGUAGAUGUUAUGAUGGAGGCAUACCAUAAGUCAACCCGAUUCCGAUAUGAUUGCCAAGCAGAGGAAGUAGGCGACAUGUUGCACAAUGGCCACUACUUUGGCUCUAAUAUCCAUCCCUACGAGACGAUAUUUAUAAAAGCGAACCGAGGCAUCGAUCCAAAACUGUUGGGGCUAUUGACAGAAUGGCAUUUGGCUGAAGGCCGGAAAAGUUGGGAUAUAUGUGGCAGCCGUGCUUAG